GUAUUUGUCAAGCUUCUAUCAGGGCAUCACCGCUGUAGACUUUGUUAUUCAAUAUGCUAUGUUACGUUGAGUUGACGCCAGUGUACGUUAGCGUAACUAUUGCAUAGCGAUCUUAACAAAUAUAUAUCCGAGUAUAAUUAAAAAUUGUGAAAAUGAAAAUAUUAAUUAUAUUAACGUUAUUUGAAGUUUCAGUAAUGUACGUGACAGGUUUCCAAAUAUUAAAUACAAGUUUGGGACAAAUUACGAGAAAAGCACGAGCUGAUGAAUCCGAAGAUCCAUGUAACUAUACCGCACCACCGAAGCCUGACUUCUCAGCGUCUGGUCGAAGAAUUAGUGAAGCAAUGUGUUAUGAAUUCAUAUGGGAGAUAAAGAAACGAGAGGACGACUCAAAGAGCACAAUUAAAUGUUGGCAAAAGGAAUACCCAUACAUACCUCCAAUUGUAGGUGGUGUACUUACAUCACCAGGUGAAUUUCCCCACAUGGGUGCUGUAGGAUGGAAAGCUGCUGUUGGAACCUGGAUAUUUAAGUGCGGCAGUACCUUAAUCAGUUCGAAAUUCCUGCUCACGGCUGCUCACUGCUCUAAAGUAUCUCCACAUGACACUAGUGUGGCAAACGUUGAACCGGAGAUCGUAAGACUAGGAGAUAAAAAUAUUGCUGAUGUUUUCUCAAAGGGCGUCUUCCCUCAAGAUGUGAAAAUCAAUAGAAUUGUAAAACAUCCGAACUACAGUGCUCCAAAGAAAUACUUUGAUAUUGCAAUUAUUGAAGUAACGACUGAGGUUAUAUUCACAAAAUUAGUUCAACCAGCUUGUCUAUGGACCAACCACGAUACAAGCCAACUUGGAACAAAGGCGACACUUACAGGAUGGGGUGUCAUAGAAUCAGGUGGAAGAGAGGCAACCCCAGAGUUACAAGCAGCGGAUGUCGACAUUAUUGAUUCAGACGAAUGUCAAAGUUUACUUCGAUAUUAUUUUAACCGCCUUUGGUGGGGGGUCGACUUGAAUCAACUUUGUGCUGGGAAAUUUGCAGGUGGUGUCGACGCUUGUCAGGGGGACUCAGGGGGACCUCUGCAGGUAAAGAUACCUUUACCGAUAACGUCACAGGGCUCAAUUCACUACGUCAUUGGAAUCACAUCCUUUGGUAUUGGCUGUGCUCAGCCAAACAUUCCUGGGAUAUACACAAGGGUCUCCAGCUUUAUUGACUGGAUAGAAGAUGUGGUCUGGAUAAGGUCACAAUUAAAAAACAUAUUUUAAUUUAGGUGUUUUUUUAAUAAAAACGUGUUGAAUCUAUGUAUUAUGCUUAUAAACCUUCCAGGAAUAUAUUAAGCAGCGUUGUUUUUGUUAUGAAAGUAUUUUUUUUUCAUUCUUUCACUGUCUCUCAUGCAAUAAAUUAUUUGGUUAAAAGGCAAUCCGUACAGCCUUAUCCUCAUUUUUUACACACCUACGCACUACCGGUGUAUUAGCA